GGAGAAACCACAAGUCCACAAGGCAAGAGAGAGAGAGGAGAGAGAAACCGCAGAGCGUUGAGAGGGAGCAACGCCGCAACGGGCACGAACCAACACGACCUUCCAGGCGGAGGAGAGAGAAACCAGAAAGCAACAACGAGCAACGGAACAAGAAGGCGCGCGCGGCGAGGGGGAGGAGCCCGGCAGGACGCGGCGUUUGCCUGGAAAGGUCCAAUCGAAUCGCCAAGGCGCCCGAGGCGCAAGAGCACGCGUCCCCCCCGCAAUGGUGGCGCACGCCGCAGCAGCCCUGUGAGUCGCCAGUGACGGGCACAGAUGAAGGUAUCCAGGAAGCAGCCGCAGCAGCAGGAGGAAGAAAGGUCGCCGGCGGAGGCCAUGGACGCGGACGAGAUGGCAGUCCAGGAGGAGGAGGAGGAGGAGGGGAGCGCGGGGAAGGCCCCGGAAUCGGAGGCGGAGGGGAGGACUCUGGUGGUCGGCGUGCGGGCGGACGCCGAGAGCCGCGCGCUGCUCACGUGGGUGCUCGUCAAUGUGGCGGAGGUCGGGGACCGCGUCGUCGCCGUCCACGUGGUGCCGCCCUCCGCCGCGGAGGCGGCUGCCGCCGUGGACUUCGACACCAUGCUCGGUGUCUACGAGGGGUUCUGCAACCUCAAGCAGAUCAAUCUGAAGGUGAAGAUUUGUAGGGACUCGUCAGUCCGCAAGGCGCUAGUUCGUGAGGCCAGCCUGUUUGGGGCCUCCAAGCUUGUCAUCGGCAUCGCCAAGAAGAGGCGCGCAAUUUCGUCCUCGUUGUCCGUUGCAAAAUAUUGCGCAAAGAAACUACCGGCAAAUUGUGCGGUCCUCGCCGUGAACAAUGGCAAGAUCGUGUUCCCGAGAGAAUCAAAUGUCCACUCAGGCAAGGUCUCGGCAGCAGCUCCUCCCUCUGGUGAUGGUGAGAUGUAUUGCGUAGUGCCGUUCCAAGCCCGUCAGGUUAAAGGGGGCACAUUAUCUUUAGGAGACGAACCUAAAGAUGAUGGUGGGGGUGGCAGCACGCAUGAUGAUGUUGGCACAAAGGGCAGUAAGCCGGAGGACACCAUCACGGAAGAACAGCCGGUCUCGAGCGUGGACCCUGCGGAUUUGUCAAGGGAUCAGGUUCAGAUUGAUACAGAUCCUUUUGGCAAGGCUGAAGAGUCAACAGCCGAACAGAAAGAUGAGACUGCCGAGCUUCCAGGUGAGGGUGCCAGCGUGUUGUACUGUGUGCUUCCGGCGAGGAGUUGCGAUUCAGUCGCAAGUACUUCAAAUAGGCAAGACCAUGAUUCAGUGGAUCUUCCAGCUGAAGGGGCUGGGGAGCUAUACUGCUUAUUGCCCCCAAGGAAUGGUCAUUCAGGCAGGAGUAUUAGUGAUUCUAAGCGUUCAACUGCGAGUCAGAAAGACGAUGAACCUUCCAAUCUGUUGCUUGAAGGAGAUGGUGACCUGUACUGCCAGCUGCCGAGGAAUGGACGUUCGGGUAGGAGUUCUGGGGGAUCCAAACGUUCUGUUGGUAUAAAAGGUGUGAUUAGACGUAGCAGUAGUUUCUCCAGUGAUAUUAAUUUGAACUCGGAGACAUCACCUAGUAAGAGGGAUGGCUCCGUUUGCAUGGCUACCUCUGAACGGACUUCUUCCACAGUAUCCACAGAAACCGAGGAUUUGCCAAAGGACACUACACGAAAUGCUGAAACACCCUCGGGUUCUCCUAUGUCUCUGAGAAGGAUGAUAGAAGGAAGAUCCGACCGCUGUCACCUCCGCAAGAGACUCUUCAGCCAUCAUAGAAGCUCAUCUUUUGAAUGGGCAAAAAUCUCGAUGGUUCAAUGGGCGAUGAGGCUUCCGAGCCGUUACACUUCAGUCCAUCUAGACAGCAAAUCACUGAAAUCUGAUGCAAGUCCAAGGUUGAACUGUGAUUCUGAAUGUGAAUCCACUUCAGCUGUUGAGUCAGAAUCUAUGUUUUCUUUCUCUUUCUAUGAUGUAUCAUGGCCUCCAAGUGAAUUGGAAUCUCUUCGAGAGAAGUACAUUUCAGUUUGUAGGCUGUUUAGUUAUGAAGAACUGAAGCUUGCUACAGCGAGCUACUCACCAGAAAUGUUAAUUGGGAAGGGUGGAACCAGUCAAGUUUACAAGGCACAGCUGUUUGAUGGCACAUUUUCAGCUGUAAAGAUUCUGAAACCGUCAGUUGAUGCAAUACAUGAGUUUAUUACUGAAGUUGAGAUCGUGACCAGCUUGCAACAUGAGAACAUUGUCGCAUUGCGGGGAUUCAGCUUUGAUAACUACAGUCUUUUGUUGGUAUAUGAUUACAUGCCCCAAGGAAGCUUAGACAAAGUUCUUCAUGGCAAGAAUGAUGACAAGAAUUUCCUUAGUUGGGAGAGGAGGAAUAAGAUAGCAAUCGACAUUGCAAGAGCACUUGAAUUUCUCCAUCUUGGCAGUGUGACUCAAUCUGUGAUUCAUGGAGAUGUUAAAUCUUCAAACAUCCUCCUCUCGGAUGAUUUUGGGGCACGGCUGUGUGAUUUUGGGCUGGCAAAGCAAGUGUCAGCUUCGACUCCCCACCUAACAUGUACUGACAUCACCGGAACUUUCGGGUACUUGGCUCCUGAGUAUUUUUCAUAUGGGAAGGUCAAUGAGAAGAUCGAUGUCUAUGCAUUUGGAGUUGUACUACUGGAGAUCAUUUCAGGAAGGAGACCCAUUACACCAGGAAGCGCGAAAGGCCAGGAAAGCCUGGUUGGGUGGGCAAAGCCUUUACUGUCCAGUGGAGAAAUUAAACAAUUAAUUGAUCCAUUAUUGGGAAAUGAUUAUGAUUGUGAUGAAAUGGAGAGGAUGACGCUUGCCGCCUCUCUGUGCACAAGGACAUCUUCUCAUUCUCGACCGAAAAUGUCACUAAUCUUGAAACUGCUUCAAGGGGACAACGAAACGAUUGACUGGGGAAGGUUACAUGCCACUGCUAGUUUCGAUGGUUCGGAUGAGGAGGCUGUCACUCCUGAUUCAAACAUGCAGUCUCAUCUGAACCUUGCAUUGCUUGGUGUAGAUGAGGACACGCUCUCGCACUGCAGCAGCACUGAACGAACUGUGGACACCUCCGCUGAUGGCUACUGGAGCCGAUCAUCGAGCUUUGACUAGAAUUUUAUCUUCGAUGCGAAUGCACUGAAUUGAGUUGUUUGCAUAGUUCUCAUGUGUUACCAUUGUUGAUUGGUUGGGAUGGUUGCAUUCAGGCAAUGGAAAAUGGAGGCUUGCUCAUUUAGUUGGCAGAUAUGGCACAUGUAGUAGUGUUGCUAAUUUAGUUAGGAGUUAAUUUUGUUGUAGAUCCAACCCUGUUGGCCCUGGCCCUACAAUGCAAUAUUGCAAUUAGUAUUGUAUUAUCAAUGGUUUUCUGGUGCAUCAAAAUCGAAACGAUCCCAAGUUGUUUUGGUUUUUGCUACCCAAAGAUACCAUCUCAAACUGCUCUGAUAUAUUCCUUCCUGUCUAAACUUCUUCUACUGAUGAACAAA